AUGGCGACCGAAAUAGCAUUUGAUACCUCCAUGGGCUCCUUUACUGUCGAGCUUUAUGAGACACAUGCACCCAAGACAUGCAAGAACUUUGCAACCCUCGCGCAACGAGGCUACUACAACGACGUGAUCUUCCACCGCAUUAUCCCCAACUUCAUGGUCCAGACCGGCGAUCCCACUGGCACCGGCCGCGGCGGUAGCUCCAUCUACGGCGAGAAAUUCGAAGACGAGAUUCGUGGGGAUCUGAAGCACACAGGAGCUGGUAUUUUGAGCAUGGCGAAUAGCGGACCCAAUACAAAUGGUAGUCAGUUCUUCGUUACCCUUGCGCCGACACCGUGGUUGGAUGGCAAGCAUACGAUCUUCGGUCGGGUGAAGAGUGGAAUGCGGAUUAUCCAGCGUAUGGGUCUGGUGAAGACCAAGGGCGAGGACCGUCCAGUGGACGAGGUGAAGAUUAUUCGGGCAAGAGUGGUGGAACAAGGAUCGGAGGAGUGA